AUGGAAGUUAAAAUAAAUAGAAAAAGAAAAUUUGGGGAAGAAAAAUUAAUUGAAAAUAUAGAAAUUGUCCGACCAAUACUCAUUGACUAUUAUUUUACAAAAUGCAUUAUUUCAAAUAUUUUCGAAUGUAAUUACAUAACUCCCCUCCACGUGGAAAAUGCAAAUUUAGUUUAUGAAAUUUUCGAGCCAACUAAUAUGUGGGAGGGGAACCAAACUCUAGAAAUAGUGGGCAGGGCGGAGGCCGAUAUUUUUGAUGGGGAUAAUGUGGCUAAAAUAACAUUUAGAAUUGUAAGUGGAAAAAUGAAAACGGGACAAUGUUUUUCAGAAAUUAUUUUAGGAAGAGAAGCCAUUCUAAUGUGGGAAAAUAAAGGGUUCCGACCAUUAGAACAAGCAUUCAAAUGUAUCAAAUGCGGCCAGCCCGAAAUCGGCCCCCAAUAAAAAAAUAUAUUAAAUAAAAAUAAAAUAAUUUAAAAUGUCUUUUAGUAAUAAUUAUAAAGGAAAAUUCUAUUUUUUUAUUUUUUUGACAGGUAAUGGAAGGACACCCGUUCCCAAAAGUUGAGUAUAAAGGUAAACAGGUAAUCCCUUUUUAUGGUAGAAACCAUCCCUUUAGUAAUUUUUUCCCGUCACCCGUUAAUGUUUGGGGAAUUCAGUUCACAUGUAGUGAACAGGCAUACGCAUUUUCGAAAGCUUGGUUUUUUGGGGAUGAAAUGAGUAAAAGGAAAAUAAUGUUAGAAAUUCACCCCCAUGAUAUUAAGAAAUGUAGCAGAACUAUUAAAAAUUUUAAAAGAAAAGAAUGGGAUGAGGUGAGUGAAGGGAUGCUUUUUGAAGUGGUAAAUGCCAAAUUUCACCAAAAUAAAAUUUUGGCACAAUACCUUCUUGAAACAAAUAAUAUGCAAUUGAUUGAAGUAAAUCCUUUUGAUACACGAUGGGGAGUGGGUAUAACAAUUG